AUGAAGCUAGAGGUGAAGCCCUUCCCCCAUGAGAAGCUGGUUCAAGCAGAUGACUUGGAGGCCUUCAAGGCAGCUUUUGCGGACUCCGGGGUGGAAGACCUGAUGUCGUGGAUCACAGCUGACAAGUUUGAUGCUUUCAGCUGGUCAAUAUUGCAUUUUGUGGUCGGAAACAAUGCCUUGAAGAUUCUGGAUUGGGUUCUUGAUGAAGUCGCUGCGGUUAUCUCGAAGCAGAGCGGUGAUGACAAGGACUUGCGAAAUGCGUAUGUCAAGCUGCUGACGACCAAAUCGUUAGACAAUGAGAUCCCACUGCAUUUGGCCGCACAAGAAGGGCACAUUGAAAUCAUGGCGAGGCUUCUUUCCAUCAUGGAGGACAAGUUUGCCGGUCAGAUCGCCAGGCUCCAGUGUGGCAGUAAAAACAGUGAUGGGAGCACUCCUCUUUUGGUCGCAAUUGAGCAUGUGGGUGGCAAGCCCACCGAGAAGGUGGAGAAGAUGCUGGAACUGUUGGUCGUGACAGGUGGUAGCAAUCUUGAAGCUCAGGAUGCCUCCGGCAUGGAUGUCUUUGGCGCCGCGAAGUUCAUGACCAACCGUGGUCCUGAAAUCGAAAAGAUUCUGCGAAAGCUGAAGCGUUCGAAGGCUGCGAAGGCGGCCCCGAGGACAGAAAGCUGA